AUGCCUUUCAAUACCCUGCAUGGAGGCUGGGCCUCCAACCACGACCUUUACUCCGAAGUCCUGGCCGACAUAACCUCAACCUGCCAAGCCGUCGCCGGAAAAACCAUCAGCGGCUCUUCUCCCUUCUGGCGCUGCACAAACUGGCAAGAAACCUUUAGCUCGCACGAGAAUUGCUUUUCCGACUGUGAGAUGGGGUGUGCUGCUCUGCCUAAAGAAUACGCCGCUGCUCUUUGUGGACUGGGCUGUGAUCCUGACUGCGACCCUGGUCCGACUUAUGGCUAUAACCAUAUUGAUUGGGCUGUGGAGAUGAGAGAUGGUGGUGCGGACAAGGUUAUUGAUUUUGACACUUGUAUGAGUGCUUUCAAGACUGAGUUNGGGGGUUGUGCGUCUGGGAGCGAGCAGUACCAUGAUGGGUUCUGGUUCCGCAUCGAUCCUAGCACGGGAGCUUGCCCUUGA